AUGAACAGAGUCAUCGCCAACAAGUCGUUACUAAACUGUGGACUUCCCUUCAUUUCUCCAGAUGCUGCAGAAAACUCACGGGCUGUUUAUAUUGUUUUUAUAAGCAGGACUGCAAUUAACGCCACCACAUGUCCUUUGAUCAUUUUCUUGAAUAUUAUGGUGAUGAUAUCGGUGAAAACCAAGCAACGGCUUCGCACCAAAUCCAACAUAACUCUUGCCUGUCUGGCCACAACUGAUGUUCUGGUUGGACUCAUUGUUCAGCCACUGCAAAUUGCCAGGUACAUCUUAAUGAUCAAAGGUGAAGCUCAUAACAGCCAGUUUUGCACGCUAGUUGACGUGGUAGUGGUCGUCAGCAUUCGAUGUGUGUUAGCAUCGGUUUUUCAUUUGUUCCUUAUCAGCGCAGAGCGCUACAUCGGUAUACAUUAUCCCCUUCGGUAUUCAAACAUGGUCACUGAGACUCGUAUCCUCCUUGCGUCGGGAAUUGCCUGGAUUGCGGCUAUCAUUCUUCCCACCGAUUAUCUUAGGAAGACACUGAGCAGACCGUUUCUGGCAACGUUAGCGGUAUUUAUAAUACUACUUAUUGUUAUACCCACGAUAUUCUACUUCAACAUUUCUGUGUAUAUACAAGUUCGCCGCCGCAAAAGGCAAAUUAUGGUUACCAGUGCAACCACCGACGCGAAAAAACAGCUUAUUGGGUAUACGAAAGCCUUCUCUACGACACUUAUACUAAUACUCGUAAUGUUACUGUCUUUUAUUCCAGGAUAUAUUUGUAUAGCUAUUAUAAAUGCUUAUGUGGACAAAAUCUCCGCAGAAAAGAGAUAUGUAAUAUUUUCCAUCUCUUCCCUGUUACCGGUACUGAAUUCCUUGUUUAAUCCUCUGAUUUACGUUUUUAGGGAGAGAUUUUUUCGCGUAGUUUUCUUGCAGUUGUUGCUACGAAAAACACUUUCAGAAGCUAAAGAAAUUGAAAGGCGAAUAUUC